UGCCGACGAGAGAGGGUGUCCGCGCGCGCCGCACUCGCACACGAACUCAAACACGAUCGCUCAUCAACACGACUACGAGAAACAAUUGUUACUUUUUGUGAUUUUCCAAAAUAAUUCCAUUCCAAGUCAUUGUUAAACCCAUUAGGUCUACAAAAACGUGUGCACCGCGCAAAUUUCUUGAAUUUCACGACAGCCGAAGAAUUCACUGAAAUUGCAUUGCGGAUUGCGGCAAACCUAGCCAGUCGUAUAAACUUCACUGCGUCCGUUCCAUUGUGAAAAAUGAAUCAUAUUCUGUGCAACGGAUGAGUCGGUAAUCGGGUACGAGAAUCCAAAGAUGCCUUUAGAAUCUAUAGGUAGCACGUGAGGAACGAUGACGAUGAUAGUGAAGGUGGGAGGGAAAGCGCCCGCCAAGCCAGCGGCGCAGGAGACUCCCAAACCCGAGAAGAAGAAGAAGGACAAGUGCGAGUCGCCGUGCUCGGAGCGAUGUCCGGGGGAUCCGUGGUUAUACUGUGCGGUGUUGUGGUGUGCGUGCGCCAUGAGCCUGGUGUCGAGCGGGUUCUCGCUGCACCGGCAGCAGGCGCUGACGGCGCGGCUGGCGCUGCUGGAGGAGCAGCACCGCGCGCUGCGGGCCGCCGUGCUAGAGCCGCAGCAGCCGCCGGCGCCCGUGCUGGACCCGCCGCCCGGCCGCCUGCGCCGCGACGCCGGCGCGCCCGACUACUGGCGGCCCAGGCGGAGCAUACGCGACUACGGAGACUGCGUCUGUCCACCAGGUCCGCCGGGGCCGCCGGGCAAGCGCGGGAAGAAGGGCAAGAAGGGGGACUCCGGGGAGCCGGGCCCGCCCGGAUUGACCGGCGCGCCCGGAAAGAAUGGAUUCCCGGGCAGCAAGGGCGAGAAGGGCGAGCGCGGGUUCAUGGGACCAAUUGGGUUAGACGGGCCAAAAGGAGAUUCGGGCCGACCGGGAGACAAAGGUCAGAAGGGUGACCACGGCAGUCCUGGGUUCGAUGUCUUCUCAGCUGUAAAGGGCGUGAAGCGCUCGGUGGACAGCUACAAGAUCAGCCCCUACACCUCCGCCGAGAUCAUCGCCGUCAAGGGCCUGCAAGCCGCCGGACACAACAUCUCCGCGCAAACCAUCAUACAGCUCAAGGGCGAGCCAGGCGAGCCGGGUCCGCCCGGGCCGCCGGGGCCGGGGGGCCCGGAGGGGCUGCCGGGGCACGAGGGGCGCGCGGGGGCGCCCGGGCCGGCGGGGCCCGCGGGGACGCCCGGCGCGCCCGGCCCCGCCGGACCUCAGGGACCUGUCGGACCCACCGGACCCAUGGGACCUAGAGGAGACAAGGGCGACAAGGGCGAGCGCGGGUUCACGACGACGCUGAAGGGCGACGCGUUCCCGACCGGGAUCAUCGAGGGCCCGCCCGGCCCCCCGGGACCCCCAGGUCUGGCGGGGGAGGCGGGCCCGCGCGGGCCGCCCGGCCUGGACGGACUGAACGGCGAGCCCGGCCUGCAGGGGCCGCCAGGGAAACCGGGAGAAAUAGGGCCGAAGGGGUCUAAAGGCGACUACGGCGACAUGGGGUCUCCGGGCAUGCUGGGCGCGCCGGGGCUGCCCGGGCCGCCCGGGUACCCGGGGCUCAAGGGCGACAAGGGAGAUAAGGGAGACUCGAAGUAUCGGAAGCUGAGGCGGAGACAGAACUUGCAGGGUGACGGCACGGGCUACGAGCUGUACGGACAUGAGAUGAUGAUGGGUCCCCCGGGCGCGCCGGGGCCGUCCGGGCCGCCGGGCGUGGCGGGCCCGCCCGGGAUCAAGGGCGACAAGGGCGAGCCCGGGCUGCGGGGCAAAGCGGGAGAUCGCGGAGAGAAGGGAGACGCGGGGCCCAUGGGACUACCGGGCCCGGUCGGUCUCCCGGGCGAGGCGGGGCGGCCCGGCGACGGCGGCGCUCGAGGCCCGCCCGGACUCGACGGCAUGAAGGGCGCGCAGGGCGAGCCUGGCUCGAAGGGCGAGCGCGGCGACCCCGGACUGCCGGGCACGGAUGGUAUUCCUGGACAAGAGGGUCCGAAGGGUGAUAAAGGCUACAAAGGGGAACCUGGGCCGGUGGGCAAGCGCGGGCGCAAGGGCGACAAGGGCGACAAGGGCGAGCAGGGCGUGCCCGGGCUGGACGCGCCCUGCCCGCUCGGGCCCGACGGCCUGCCACUGCCCGGCUGCGGCUGGCGACCCAGCAAGGAGGCGCUACUGCAGUGGGUGCGGCGGAGGCUCGACAUCGACAACGACUUGCGAGUGUGACGCCGCCGCCGCCGCCGCCGCCUCUCCACGGAACAUUAACUUAUAGCUUCAUAAGCAUUCAAAACUAAUCAAUGAAGCGCCUAGUGAAAUGUUUAUAGCCAUGGAAACGUCUGUCACUAUUGCUAAUAAUUUACUUGCAGGCGUUUAUUUAGUAUGGAUUCUGUACGUAACAUUACGUAAUCUAUCUUUCCAUAAAGGCAUGCACUAUCCACGUACGUAUGAGUACUUUAGCUGACAUAUAAAUGGCCACAACAUGGUAAAUUAAAAAAACCUAAACUUACCUACCCGGCAGGACUUUAUUUAUACUCUGUACUUGAAAAGGACUUUUGGUACUGGAUGAUUUUAUCUUUAAUUAAUUUUUACCAUCGACAUGACACAUUUUUGCCGUGAAUAAGACA